AUGCUUGCAUCCGAGGUACUUGUAGGCACGGAGGUGUACAAGCGUGUGAAGGCUGCAGAGGUAGCAGUCGAGGAAGCAAAAAUGAAAGAAAGGCUUGACGACAAGAUCAGUCAGACGAAAGCUAAUCGCUCCCUGGACGAUGCGGAGAUGGAGGUAGACCUCCUGCAUGCUAAGGACUCUGAAGUUCAGUCCGUCGAGUAUUACAUCUCUUGA